AAAUAUCGUAUUAAUUAACGAUUAAACAUCUUGCUUUCUGUUAUAAAUUUAUAUAUAUAUAUAUGUACGUAUGUAAAACACACAUUUACUAAUUUUUAUACUCUUGAACUUGGUUCGCAUCGUUUUCUCAACAUCAUCACGGUUAACUAGCCAGUUGAUUAACUUUAUACUCUUCGCCGAAGAAGAACAUUUCCUCGUUUGAAACCAGAUGGGGGCGUUUUAUCCUGAUUUUGGGAACCUCCUUCGGGCAACAUCUCCCUUGUCCAAUUACUCGAGACAUUAAUUACACUUAAUUAUUGCCCGGACGAUCUGAAAUAGGCCCGCAUUGUGCUCACGUUGAGUUCUUACGCGUGGCUUAAUGAAACGGACGUCCGGCUUGUAUCGUUGAUAAUAAGAUUGCCGCCGUUAAGGGAUCACGUCGAUUUCACAAAAGACGAACGCCCCGUAAAAAGUAAUUUAAUUCCAGCUGGUGGAUGCGUAGCCCAAGGAUCGGUGUAAAUCACGAAGCGCGAACACACACCGCUUGAAUGACGCCACCAUUGUUUACCGAUGAACAUUUCAGCGAACCUCCGCUAAAUAAAACAAAAUAAAAUAUAGCAUACAAAUAUACACCAAAACUCUCUAGUCAUGUAAACAAAAUUAAACGAAAUGAAAUAAAAUUCGAUAAGAUCUGCGAGUCGUAACAGAAACAAGAUUUAAUAAUUUCUCAUCAACAGAACAUUUGUUAUGCAGACUCGUGGACAGAAUGUUUUUCAUAGUGGAAAAGCGGUUACGCGAACAUGAAACGUAUGUAACAGUUGUUAUCAACGAGUGACACGUGCCAGGUUUCACCGGACACACUUUGGAAUCGCCUGCACGUGCAUCAACCACAAACAAGAACCAUACAUCAUUUUCACGUUAAAAUGGCAAACGACGAUAGAACUGUUACCCGUUGCUCGUGAUCGUGUCCUGAAACACGAUAAUUUUAGCUCUUCGGAAUGUAUCUAUCUUCUAUGCAUUGAACGAUCUCUUACGUGGAUACUUAUUUCGGGGGAGCAUCUCGGAAGCCAUGCCGGCUGACGAGUUCGCUGGAAAUCGAAACAGAAGCAAACCAAGGCUGCAACCACCUUAACGAACCGCUAUUAUCACUGGCAAGGUCAUCGGGCAGACCGGAUCUAAUCAUGCUCACGCCGACCAUGCUUCCUAUGCACUCGUUCCUCUUUCUUAACGACGUCAACCAGAAGAUCGGGUGCUAAAAAAUUCGAAAUCGAGUUGAUUGAAAAUCUCAAGAAAUAUCUCAAAAAAAAAAAAAAUACGAAUAAACAAUUUGAUAUAGAAAUCAUCCAUUUUGGACAAAGAAAAGAAAUAAUCAGAAAAAGGAAUAACCACAAAAGCUCUGAAUUUCAUUGCUUCCUAAUGGUACUUCCUUGGAUAUUUUUACAUUCUGGAGGCGUGAACGAACUCUGAAAAACAGAAACGACUUCUAUCGGAUGAUCGAAAGAACUACCUGGACACUGAGUAUAAUUAUUCACACGUGCGGAUGCCACUUCCGGCAUGUUUCUCCUGAAGAAGGCCAGAUUCAGUUUUUGCCAGUUGUAGAUAGAAGUUGAAGUGGCGAACGUCUUAACGAGGUUGCUAGAAUGUCAAAGAAAUAGAUGAGAGAAAUAUUAUGAAGAUAUAUUUAUGAAUAUCUAAUUGAGCAUUUAAUUAAGAACAUAAUCGAAAGACCAAAAUAAGUUGGUUCUUGAGACCAAGUACCUAUCUAAGUAUAAUAGUCUCUUUUACUUACGGUUUAGUAAGAGGACUCGAGUAAAACGAUUACUCGUCAAAAGGAACAAUAGAAUAAUCAUGCCUCCGCAGACGGUGGUCUCUGCUUUCAUGCCUCAUCGCGGAGAAUCUCAGCGAAAGAAGUGUCCCGAAGCGUGAGCUAAAAGGUGGCUAUGUAGGCUGCCUAGUGAAUACCGUCGCCAUGGUGGAGCUGGCGUGCAGCAACUCCCUAAGCCCAGGAACCUAAUCCUGCGUCAGAAAGACAAAAUUCGCCAAGGAGGAAAGUAAAAAAAAAAUAUAUAGGGAAGAAGAGACAAAGAUUAAAGAUCGUUAAUAAUUAAAGGUAAUUUAAGGAUAAAAGGGAGAAAGAAUUGUGUAAAAAUUCUACUGGGAAAGAAAAGAAAGAAGAAGCCUCCAACGAGAAAGACGUCCUCAGAAGCGAGUCCCGCGUAGCGCCAUGUAGAGGAGCAGGAAGAAGCGCAAUCUUCCUCAGGCAUUCCAGCGUCGAGUAAUGCUGAAGCAUAUCCUGACGGGGCAACCGUCGUCAGCGGGCUCCAGGCACCAGCACAAUGACUACCAGGCGAGCUCGGGCUCGUUGCACGGCGGCCACCACCACCACCAUCAUUCUGGUCACCAACAGGAUCAACAGCAACACCAUCAUUACAACCAAAACAGCAACGUUCGUGGAACGACAGGGGGGAGCCAAGGACGGGGAGUCGACGUUUACGACUCGGUGGUCCAUCAAAGAGCCAACGUGCAUCAGGCUGCCACCACGCCAUCUUCCACUCACAGACACCCUUUGAAUCAUUCUCAGUUGAGCGUGAACAAUCUUUCUCAACGAUUGAAUCACUCGCACGCUCUUAAUUUGUCCACGUUGUCCACGUCGAAGCAUUCUGUGAACAGCGUCAGUCCUGUUGCUGGUGGGAAUAACAAUAACAAUAAUAAUAAUCUGUCGACUACAUUAGGGGUGAUAUCCCCGGCGCCGCUGCACCAGGACAGCAGACCUAAAGCGAAUGGAGGCUUCGAUAUCUCGAGACUGUCCAGAUUACCCAGUCAGGCGACACCUUCGCCUGCACCUGCUCUUCAGGGUACGACUACCGGGGGACAGUUAACCGGUCCCGGUUCCACGGCGUACCCCUUGAACGCUUCCUGGUCGUCGUCCCUGUCGAGGAAUCACAAGGACCACGAGGUUGGCGCGAAAGAGACGUUGACCAGUUUGGGUUUAUUGUGUCUAGUGUCGUUGUUACUGGCGCUACUCUCGUUGAUCUUCUUGCUGAAGAUCUCACCGCUAACGGUGACGCCGAGUAGCCUGAUCAGCCCGGAAGAGUAUACGAUUGUCUACGAGGUGACGUUAGCGCUGUGCGCACUCGCCCUCUCCCUAAACCUCUGCUGUCUCCUCGUGUGCGCUAUACAGUUCCUCUUCACUGUGAAACUCGUCAAGACUUCGUAUCAAGGACAUUGGAGUAACAAGUACCUGCAAAAAUCAUCCAUCAGCCGGAUAUGUGCUGUCGGAGGAUUUUUCAUUAGCAUUCCCGUCUUUCUAACUGGUAUGAUAUUGUACACAUUCAUCCAGUUUCAUUCGACGCCGGCAAUCGUUACGUCGGUUUUCAUAGGCCUUGGCAUCGUGUUUUGUGGAUGCGCAAUGGUCCAUAACGUCUUCGUGUGGCAGAGGGAGAAGACGAAUGCCGUGAAGGCGUUAGCGCGCGAACAGUGCGAAGCGGCGGUACAGCUGCAGCGUCAGCAGCAGCUGCAACAGCACCAGAACCAGCCCCAGCUACAACAGCAACAACUACGUGGCCCGCUAACCAUCCACCAUGCUGGCUGCCCGACGAAAGUCGGGCCCGUGACGAACCAACUAAAUGCCAGCCACGCAACGCACGGCCGAGCUGCACAGUACCAACACUAUCAUCACCAUCAUCAUCAUCGACACGUGUCAAUGUCCCCACCGCCCUUGUUGCUCUCAUCGCCAGCUCCGAUCGCGGCGACGCACAAUCACCUGAACGUGAGCGGACACAGAAACGUGGUUACGCCACCGGAUACACCAGCAGAUAGGUCGCCACCGAGUCCUGGAAAUAAGCUAAAUAGAUCGCAGCAUUUGCCACGGGAAGCAACCGGCAGCGUCAGUCCUGGUCUUCCGGCUGCCACAUUGGAUCUAAGUAGCGCAGCAACCACCAAUAGUCCGCAUGAAUUAUCCACGUUAGUUUAGAAAUUUGGUCCGAACAUUAUAUCUUCACAUAGGAUUGGAGAUUAAUAGUUGAUAGUUAAUUUACACAUCGAUCUUUUUAUUUGUAAAUUGGGUCCUGGUUUAGAGUUGGUUUGUAAAAAUUCGGUCCUAAUUGUUAAAUGAUGAAUAUUGAUUAAGAAUAAUAGGCAUUGAUGUACCAAUCUAUUUUUAACUUAUAUACUUGAGCACACGCAUUGGAAAUUUCACUUUUAUUCCGUGAAACAGCAACUUCAUUAUUCGCUUAUUCAAUAGGAUAAUUGCUCAUAUUUCAUGGACAAUUUUAACAAUGUUUUGAAUAAUUUCUAACGGUACAAUUGUGAUGAAGUGAAAAAAAUCGUGAUAAGAAACAGAGAGAAAAGUUGCUCGUUAAUGAAUAUUGACCAGAAAUAAAGUAAUUUCUAAAGGAUAUCCCGAAGACGUAAGGUUUCGUAAAUAUUACGAAAGGAUUGAUUAAUUUAUACCCGCGUGUAUCUUGCCAUUACCAUACUAUUACUAUCAUUAUUAAUAUUGUUAGUAUUACUCGAUUACAUUAUUAUUAAUAUUAAUAUUAUUGCCUUAUUAAUAUUAAUGUUAUUGUUACUAUUAUUAUUAAUGUUAUGGAACCUCUAGUCCUAGGUUACUUUCGCUGCCACGAAAGGAUAAGAUUUUCGAAUUUUUGACUAUUACGCGUAAUUCAAGUUUUCCUGUUGCGCAUGCGCAGUAGAAAGAAAGUUGGCGGAACUCAAAUCUCGAACUAUAGAGAGUUGAAAAGUAGUAAAAGUAAAAAGGCACGAAGAACAUUUGUAUUUGUACUGUAUUAAGUUUGAUGAUAACAUUUUUUCGUAUUCACUUUGGUAAAUAUUAGUUUUAUCUAAAAUUGAACAAAGCAUUUUAUGUUUUUCAAAUAUGGUACAUAAUCGUAAUAUCGAAUUUUGUAAACUGAUAGUAAGAAACUCUAUAAUUCGAGACUAGAACUUUGAUCAAGUUCACAUUGAACGUAAACUGACUUAAUUUGUUAUUUAAGCGUGUAUACUAUACGUGUUUGUUCCUUCUUCUCUUGUGCGCAGGCUAUAGCUUAAUUACUUCCAAUAAACGCAGUUAUAUCAAAUCAAUGACCGAUACAAAUUUAGAUAUUAGGAUUAUUUAAACAAGAGAUUAAAAACUAAAAAGUAUUCUUUUUAUAUUGCAUAUGUACAACGAUCCUUUGUGUAAUAAUGUGUACUCCUCUUCUUAGUUUACUUUUGUAUAUUUUGCGACAUUCGAUAUUAAUUUUAUGAGGGACGUACUUACACUUUAUCUUUGUAAUUAAAUGUGAAAUGAAAGAAAAGAAAUGAAAUGAGAAAAGGAAAUUCGAUGUAUGAGUAUAUACGAAUUGACGGAAUUAAAAUUUAACGCUAUAUUUAAACAGAAGACGUGAAAUAUCUUGUCAUCUUAAAAUAACUUGAUCAUUCCUAUUCUUUUACAUAAAAACACUUUUCGAUUGUAACUUAAGAAAAAUGUCUGCUAACGUGAAACGUGCCAGAAAAGAUUAACAACUUUCAUGAAAUUGGCAAAUUUCUCAUUAAUAUCGUUAAACUCGCGUUUAUAAAGAUCAGAUCAGUGUACAUAAUAUACAAAACAAAUGCAGAAUAUAUAAAUAUAGCACAUACGUUUUGAAUUAUAUUCGAAUUGGGCAGGGUAACCACGUGAAAAUAUGUAAAUUUCACGAUGUGUAAUGAUGUACACUUUAUAUCGAACUUGUAAGUAGUGUAGAAAUAGAAUAUUUUACACGUAACAAAAUAUACAAACGACAAUACACAAGUUAAAUUAUUUGUUAGAUCCAUGUAUAACAAGCAUAGUACAAAAGUGUUUUAGCUUUAUGUACUAAUAAUUAUGAGAAAUACCAACUUAAUAGAUGUAUUUGGUAUGUACCUAGUUAAGAAAACAAUAAAUUAUUCUGAACAGAUAAAGCGUUUAGUAGCUUGUGAAGUAUGAAUUUUCGGAAACGUAAGUAUUUUAUAUCUAAGUAGUUAAGAAACGUGAGCAAGGGAAAUCAAACAAAGGAACUAAGUUUUUUUGUUUAAAAAUAUUUAAUUUGUUGUUCUAUUAUCCAAGAUUAGAAGCGAUAAUGUACAAAAUCUGAAUAAAUAAGAUUCCUCAAUA